UCUGUUAUAAUCCCUCAGUCCCGUCUCUCUCUAUGUCUCUCUCUCUCUGUAGUGAUGCUCUUUAGAUUCGGGGGAAACUUCAGACUAAAAUUGUAUACAUUUUUGUGAAAUUGGAACACCAUUGUAUGGAUGUAAAUUUCAGUUUGUACCUGUUUUGUUAUCAUUGAAGACGAGAUCUGAGGAAUCAAGCAGCAAAAACCUCAAAAUCAAGACCAGUAACUGUGUCAGACACACAGAUAUACAGAGAGGUUCCAUCCUAAGCUACUUCCUGUCUGAGACAGGUAAAACACAACUGAAGGCUGGACUGCAGAGGACAGUCAAUCUGAAAUGCUGGAUGUUAACUCUAUUGUAAACUAUUUACUGUAAAAGCCAAAGACACUUGAGGAUCAAUAUUCAAAAACCAGACUACAAACACCUAUAAGCCUACUUGUGUAGAUAAGCUGUUAGUGUAGCGGGCCUUGUUAACCAAGAUGGCUGACCCCUACCAAAACAACGUAUACCACCAAGGAGGGGGCGACCGCUAUGGGACCUACGGAGAAGGCGGCGGCCAUGACGGAUACGGUUACCAGACAGACUACCCUCCGCAGGAAGAGGAUGCAGCCAGCGAUGCUACUGAAGGACACGAUGAAGAAGAUCAGAUGUACGAGGGAGAAUAUCAGGGGAUCCCACAUCCGGACGAGGUGAAGGCUGCACAGAGAGCUGCGCGGACUAAAAGUCACACAGCUGGCACUGCAGGCUCUGACCUUGCGGAGUUAUCUGAACAGUAUGAGGACAUCAUGGAGGACUGUGGACACGGGAGGUUCCAGUGGACGCUCUUCAUAGUGCUUGGCCUCGCUCUGAUGGCUGACGGCGUCGAAUGUUUUGUGGUCGCCUUCGUUCUACCUUCGGCAGAAAAAGAUCUGUGUCUGUCCAAUGGAGAGAAGGGAAUGUUAGGUCUGAUGGUCUUCCUCAGCAUGAUGGUGGGAGCCUUCUUGUGGGGCGGUCUGGCAGACAAAUUGGGCCGUCGGCGCUGUUUGAUCGUGGCGUUGGCCAUAAACUGUAUCUUUGCCUUCCUGUCUUCCUUCGCUCAGGGUUACGGCUUCUUCCUCUUCUUCAGACUGUUAUCUGGCAUCGGAAUCGGAGGCACAGUGCCGAUUGUGUACUCGUACUUCUCAGAGUUUCUUCAGAUGGACAAGAGAGGAGAGCAUCUGUCCUGGCUGUGUAUGUUCUGGAUGAUUGGUGGGAUCUACGCCUCGUUCACUGCGUGGGGAAUCAUACCCAGAUAUGGCUGGGGGUUCAGUAUGGGCACUGAGUUUCAGUUCCACAGCUGGCGGGUGUUUGUUCUGGUUGCGGCUCUUCCUGCAAUCUCCUCUUUGGUUGGACUCACCUUCAUGCCUGAGAGCCCACGCUUCCUCCUGGAGAAUGCCAAACAUGAUGAGGCGUGGAUGAUCCUGAAGCAGGUCCAUGACACCAACUGGAGGGCCAAGGGAAAGCCUGAGAAAGUCUUUACUGUGACUCACAUCAAGGCUCCAAAGACUGCAGAGGAUGAGUUUAUUGAGAUUCAGGCGGCUACAGGAACAGCUGUACAGCGGUGGGCAGUGCGCUCACUAACACUCAGUAAACUGGUGUUGAGGAACGUGGCAUCUCUCCUGUCUGCAGAGCUGAGGAUGGCUACUCUCUUCAUGGCCAUCAUUUGGUUCUGCAUGGCUUUCAGUUACUAUGGUCUGUCUGUUUGGUUCCCUGACAUGAUCAAACACCUUCAGAAUGAGGAGUAUGCGUCCAAGGUCAAGGUUUUCCAUAGAGAACGAGUGGAGAACUUCCAUUUUAACUUUUCAUUAGAGAACCAGAUCCAUAAAGAAGGGGAUUACAUCCGUGACAAGUUCAUCAAUAUUGAGAUGAAGUCAGUGAAGUUUGAGGAUUCACUGUUUGAAGACUGUCACUUUGAGGACAUCAAGUCCACAGACACGGUGUUUGAGAACUGCACCAUCCGUUCCACUGUCUUCUAUAAUACAGAUCUAUGGGAGGAGAAAUUUAUUGACUGUAAGAUGGAGAACACCACAUUUGAGCACAACAAACAUGGCUGCCAUCUGGACACGUCUGAGGAGAACGAUGUUCUCAUUUACCUGGUCAGCUUCCUGGGCAGUCUGGCUGUGUUGCCAGGCAACAUCAUCUCAGCCCUCUUCAUGGAGAAGAUUGGCAGGGUCAAGAUCAUAGGUGGCUCCAUGCUCAUUUCAGCAGGCUGUACCUUCUUCCUGUUUCUGAGCUUCAGCCAAUCAGCAAUCAUUGCCUUGCAGUGUCUGUUUUGUGGCGUCAGUGUAGCUGCAUGGAACGGCAUCGAGGUGGUGACUGUGGAACUGUACCCUGCUUCUAAAAGGGCCACAGCGUUUGGCGUGCUAAAUGCUCUUUGUAAACUGGCAGCGGUGCUUGGCAGCUCAAUCUUUGCCAGCUUUGUGGGCAUCACCAAAGCUGUCCCAAUCCUUCUGUCCUUCUGUGCACUGGUGUGUGGUGGCCUGGUGGCCCUCAAACUACCCGACACGCGGGAGAAAAUCCUUCAGUGAGGUUUUUGGAGAGCAGAGGAGUUGGAUUCAUAAGUGGAGGGAAAGGCCAAAACACAUCAGUUGAAAAUGGAUUUCAACUGUACUCUGCAUCUUUAAAGAGGGCAAGAAUGGAAUAAACCUACAUCUGUAAAUGUUUAAUGUUGCUCUAAUUCUUUCAUGUGAAUCAUUUUCAUGUUGUACAUGUUUUCAGCGAGUGGGGAGGGGUAUGUUUAGGCAAUUUAAGGAGGUAAAGGCAUACACAAGUUUGGUGUUCAAAUAUGUGUCUCAUAUUUUUUAUUUGCGUUGAAGAAAGUGUGAUUAUUUUAGGGUAUGCUGAAUAAACUCACCACAGGAUGAUGAUGAUGAUGUGAGUAAGGAAAAAUUGUUAUUUUUGUAUAAAUCUUUGAGGCUUAAAUCACAUCACAACAUGCUUAUCUUAGCAUUGCCUCUUGUCUUUUUUUAUCCUUGCAUGAUGGGAAAUGUCAUAAAGAGGCCAACUGUUUUCUAUGGUUGGCACCUUAAAACUUAAUCUUAACAUGGAUAACUUAUCGAAAAAUCUUUGGGAAGAUUUAUUUCACGAAAACCUAUUUUUUCACCUGUUGUUAUGUAAAAAAAAAUAUCGAGGCACCCUGCUUUAUUUUUUGUUUUUAUUUUAUUUUUGUUAUUUCCAGCACUGGGGCUUAGAACAUUUCCCUUAUCAACACAAACCCAAACUUCUACAUAGCUUCAGCAAAGUACUGGUUUCUGCAUGGAUGGUUUUGUCUUUUUCUUCAUUUGUUUUUCUUGCACAGUUUGAUGUUGCAUAUGUAUUUACUGUAUUACAGAUGGUUUUGUGCUGCGAUCGGCUGUGUAAAUGGCUGCAUGUUUGUCUGAUGUUUUGUUCUUGGCUAUGUGUCUCACAUAAUAUGUAUGUUUAAAGUAGUCUGAUUGUGUUUUGUAUCACAAAAAGAAACUGCAACACUUUGACACACAUAUAAGGAUUUACAGAUUGGGUGUUGGGUAAGCAUUGAAAAGCUACCGAAAGGUCUUCCAAGGGGACAGCCUUAGUUUGAACUGAAAAUAUUCUGUCUGUUACUGCCCAAUGAGGCAGAUCUUCACUUCUACUUUCCUGUCAUUCCCUUUGCUUCUAUUAAUCUUUGGCUAAAGAAACUAAAAAAAUGUCUAUUGUCUCAAUGUUGCUUCUUUGUCUGGCACUGUUACUACAAUUCUUUAUUUUGAGAAAAUACAUGAUCAUAUGAUUUUGCAGUGAUUUCUUUAUAAUCAGAAAAAAAAGAUGAAUAUGUAUGAAAUGAAAGGAAAACAACAAAACAGUGCUAGACAAGCUUUAAUUGUUUCGCAUGGCCGUCAACUCUCUCUUCUCAAACACAAACAUGGAAGUGUUGGUUAGAAUUGGGAAUGUGAUACUUUUAGUAUCCAUGGAUAAAGAACAUGCAACAUAAGAGCAGUAUGAAGUAAAAGCAUGACAAAUCAACAAACCCUUUAAUUCAAGUUCAUAGUGAAUAAUGUCCUUUUGUUUAACUCACUGCCUGAGUAUUGUUGCCAAUAUGUUCAUUUUCCUUCUCAAGACACACGGAAAAUUGUAUUUGACUAAGGGCGCACUCACACUAGGAAAAGUUGUUGUGUACCGUGCUUUAAGCAUGAUUGCCCACCUUCUGCAUUCCACCGCUGGCCUGCACUCACACAGGACUAAUCGGACCUGAGCACUGUUAGGCUACCUCUUUCAUAACGUCGUAUUUUAACACAUGCAUGGCUUUACGUGAUCAUGAAGCGUGCUUAGUUUACAAGACCGUAAAAUAGCAAUGCCCGAUUGAGUCUAUGUCUGCAAAUUGGACAACAAAGAGAAUACUGCAUUUGUCAACUUGGUGGCUUAUUUUGAGUCCUAAUAUUUAGAUACAGCCAUAACACAGAAUAUCUAGAUAAUGAAGGCUUUCCACGUUGUGUACAAUUACUUGUACUUGUGAAUGAGCAACUGUAUCAUGCCGAAGCACACCUCCUCCAAGCAUGCCAGGGCCAAGUAAGUGUACCGUACUUGAACACGGAUCAUAGCGCACACACUAGUCAAACAAACUUGGACUUUGAGGCUGAAGCGUGCUAAGGCAUGGUACAGAUUGCCUGCUGUGAGUGCACCCUAAUAGCGUGAAGAACUUGCCAAAUUCAACAUGAAGCUUGUUCAGUUUAAAUGUAAACAGGUCUUAAGAGAAAAAGCAAUGCAAAGAGAUGUAAAUAAAGGCGAUGUCAA